ACCUUCCUCAAAAAGUGCCACUCCUCUAUUGGACAGGCACCUCGUCGUGGUGGAGUUUUGUAAUCAAUGUUUUAUUGUGACAGUGACAAUAGUGAGCCAAUUAUUAGGUAGUGAGACGAGUACAUCCACCUGGAUAUACUUGUUUCAUCGCUCUCAGGCAUCAAUAAGACUCGACCGGUGCAGGAGACAACGCCAGGAUGCGGCUGGUGUUGCUCUCUCUCCUGCUGGUCGCCUUCGCCCAUGCAGAGGCUGAUCCGGUGUGUGCCCUCACCUGUACAACUACAGAUGAGGCCGAAGGUGGAGUGAGGUACGAGGCAGGAAUGCAGUACAAAUACAAGUAUGAAGGACAAGUACUUACUAAGGCACUAGUGACUAGUAGCGAGGAGUCGAGAAUGUCUGUCAAAGCUGACGUCAUCAUUACAGCCAACACACUAUGCGACCUCAAAAUGCAGAUCGUCAGUUUGGCCGUAGAAGAUGUUUCAGAUGAAGAUUCUAAGUGGUUCAGGGAAGUUAUACAGCAGUAUGAUUUACACUUCAGUUAUCAGGAAGGAAGAGUGGCACACUUAUGUCCUCAUGAUGAGGAAGAUGUUAUUGCCACAAAUUUUAAGCGUGGAGUUCUCUCUGCUCUCCAGACAACAAUAACUGAUGUUGCAGAUAUGAAAGAAGUUAUUGUAGAUGAGGGUGAUGUGUCUGGGAUGUGCAAGACUAGAUACACUGUGAAAAACCAGAAUGACCUGAUUGUUACCAAAACUAAGCACAAUUGUCAAUCAAAUGGCUACCUACCUAACGUCCCCUACUCUCACUACUCUACAGAUGACUUCAAGCUUCAACUUCCUUUCUUCAGACGUAACCAGACGUGCCAGAUGCAUCUUCGUGCAGGUGUUUGGGGCCAUGUGGAAUGUAUGGAAGAAAUGAAAGUAGAUGGCCUCUUCACAGCAUCUCACCCAGACCUCUCUCUAGCAUCUGUCACAGUUUCUUCCAGUCUCAGCCUUCAAACAGGACCUGAAGCAUCGCAGGGAAAUUUUUCCAAGUAUGGCUAUCAACAAAAAAGAGAUUCACUCAUCAUGGAUCUUAAAGGAGCUGUCUACUCUGAUAGAUCAAGGAAUCUUCAAGGUGAUAAUCUUAGAGAACAAGUUGAUUCAGCACUAGAGAUCCUUUCAUCAUCAGUGACUGUGAAUUCAGAUCUAGAACUGCAGCGACCUCAUGCAUUCUCUAAUCUUGUUAACCUCCUGGGACGCUUCACUCAAGAGGAGGAGCUGGUUGAUAUCUGGGAUACAUACAAUGCUAAGGAAGGCUAUAGAAAGUUCCUGCUGGAUGCUCUCAUGCUGUGUGAGCACAGUCAUUGUAUUCGUCUCAUGGCACACCAUGCUCAGGAAGACAACUCUGCAUCCUCAUCAACUCGUGUUACAAACUGGCUUACAGGCAUACACUUCUUUGCCAACAUUGAUCCAAAGGCAGUCACUUACAUUAUGGAGUUAGCACAAUCUAGGAAGAGUGUAGCAAACCAAGCAGUGAUGACAGCUUCCACCAUGAUCUAUAAAGCUUGCCAGCAAGAACCUCAGAGAUGUCAACUCCAUGCACAGCCUCUUAUGGAGUAUGUAAAGGAGCAGGUGGGAGAUGUGUGUGGACAAGGAAAAAGUAAGAAACACCAGGAGCAUGUCAAGCUACUGAUGAGGGCCCUGGGUAAUGCUGGAAUCUUACCAUCUGACCACUUCCCUGAAAAAUGCUACAUGAACAGAUUGCUAAUGCCUGAGCUACGUGUUGCUGCCCUUCAGAGUUACAGACGGGUUGGCUGUCCUCACUCCAAGGCUCCCUGGAAGAUUCUAGAGGAUGUUACUGAGAAGAUAGAGGUCCGAAUAGCUGCUUACACCUCUCUUGUUCCAUGUGCAAUCAUCACUCCAGGAUUUUUCACAAGGAUCAAUCGUCUUCUGGAACGUGAGGAGGUAAACCAAGUUGGGUCCUAUAUUUGGACUCAUGUGCAUAACCUGGUUGAGAAUCCCAGCCCAAGUGACUAUGACCGCCAGCUGGCCAAGUUGGCAGCUCAACACACGCUUCCCACCAAAUUCAGUAUUAACACCUUUCGCUCCUCGCAGAACUACCAAUAUGCUCAGUUCAGCGAAAUUCUAAAUCUUGGUGGGAGCCUUGAUAGUGAUGUAAUCUUCAAUACAGACUCCUACAUUCCUCGACAAGUGUCUGUCAACCUCACUCUUGAUGUUCUAGACAAAUCCUUAAAUGUCUUUGAGUUUGGAGGAGACUUCAGUGGCUUAGAAGACAUCAUUGAAGGAUACUUUGGCAAAGAAGGAUAUUUUGGGAAUGAAGAAAUGUUGAAUGUAUUGCAAAAUCUCAGGCCAAAAAAAAAUAUUAUUCGUAAUGACAAGAUUCAAGAAUUUCAAAAAUUGUAUGAUGAAACGAAAAAGAUAAAUGAAGUGGAGGAGCUUGCUGAGGAGGAAUCUAAGGCAUCUGUGUAUCUCAGGAUCUUCGGUAAUGAGGUUGUAUACAUAGAGAAUCUUCUCAAGUCAAACCCAAUGCGAUUCCUUAAUCAGCUUAUCGAUGAAUUCUCAUCCCCCAAAUCUUUUCAGGUUAUGGAUCAGGAGUAUAUAAGCCCAACUCUUCUAGGCUUUCCCCUGAAAUUGAGACUCAAUGCUACUGGUUCGGUCACCUUUAACAAUGAGGAAACAGUUCAGGCACAAGGUUCCCAAGGCUUUCUAAUAGAAGUCCAGUAUUCACCCUCUGCAGUAAUAGCAAUUGAUGAAACUCUCGCAGUAGAAGGCUAUUGUUCUUCAAGUGGUAUCAGAAGAACUUCUACUCAGAUUGCUCGCACCCAUUUUGGAGGAAAAGUUACAAUUGAAAAUAAUGGGCAAAUUGCUGAAGCAAAAAUUGAUAUUCCUAAAUCAGAAGUUACUAAGUUGAGCUCGUCUAUAACAGUGGCACUUUUCAAGAGCUCAAUAAAUGGCUGGGAAGAACAGAAAGCUGAAAUGCCAGUAGAGCAAAAUUACUGUUCACCAGAGAGUCUUAGUAAUGUUCUUGGUCUUGAAGUGUGCAGUAGCCUCAGUUAUGGUACACAUAACAUUAAUGGAGAAGCAUAUACAGGUGAACCAUAUCAUAUGGAUUUUAAAGUAACUAAAACUGACACAUUUAACUAUUACAAAUUAUAUGUUAAAAAGCAAGAAAAUGUUCUUGAAGGCAUUUUUGACACUCCUGGGUCUUCCAUUGAUAGAAAAGUUCAUUUCUUGUUUAAUGUGCGACCUAACAAUGAUGGGGGCUACAUAGCUAUUAGAGGAAUGGGCUAUGGCAUUGAAGGACAAUAUGAAAAUACUCAGUCAUCCAAAAAAUUAGCUCUUAAAUAUCGUGAAGAUUCCAAGAUUUCUGGGGCAUUUGAAAUAUCACUUCUAGAAGAAGAGGAACGAACUAACCAUAAAUAUAUACCGAAGAUCUUGCUUAUCCUAGGGUCGGAUGUUUUCACACUGGACGGAAAUCUCCUGUUUCCUAACCAAGAAGAUGAAGGCUUAGAAGCUACAUGGGAACUAGAAGGAAUUUGGCACAAGACUGGGGGAAUACUACCCAUUGCCCAGAAAUUUGUUUCCACUACAGGAAAUUUCUUCAUAGGCCACGAAAAGCUAAAAUUCCAACUAGCUUCAGAAUAUGGUAGAGAUCAUACUCAGAUAAAUUUGUUGUCACUUGCUGUAGAUUCUUCUACAAUACUGGAACAAGGAAAGGAAAAAACUAAGGGUUAUGUAUGGCUUGAGUCAAGUCAAGCUGAAGCCAACAUGAAAGUGGACUUUGAAUAUCAACCUGGACAUGCUGAAGUCAACACAAACAUCACAGUGAAAACAGUUCAGAUAGCUUCUGAAAUAAUAAUGAAGAAGAUAAUGGAAGGGGAUGAUAAGGACUGUCAGCUGACAGUGAGUUUUUCAAGUUCGCAACUGGAUAUGAAUUACCUUGGUCAAGUUAUCUAUAAGGAAACAAAGAAUGCCUUCCAUGUUGAAGCAGAUAUCAUGUUUGAUACAGUGAUCCAGUCCAAAUUUUUGAUAACUUAUCUCUUGGAGAGAGAACCAUUGCAUCUACUUGCUGGAUUACACUUCCAUUUAAAUGACUAUGAAAUAGAAUUUGGGCACAACAUUGACUUCAGUGAACCUGAUCAUGCUGUCGUUAGGAUGAGUAGCACUGUGGGACAAGCAGUUGCAGCAUUCCUCCUUGAGGUGGAUUACAAGCAGGAGCAACCCUUCAUUGGUACUCUGGAGUUAUAUGGUGGUUACGAUACUCACCGAGCUGCAGCUUUAUUCCAUGUCACUUCUGAUCAAGCCUGGCAAAACUUCAUUGGCAGAAGUAAUCUUACAUGGUUUGACUGGUCAUAUAAUAUUGAAUACACAGCUGUCAUAGAAGCUGCCAAUAAAAAUGUAAAAGUCGUAUUAGAAAAUAAUAAAAUCCUGCAAAUAAUAACUAAAACAUCUCCAGAUUAUCUUCUUGAAUUUUUGGUAUGGAAUAGCAGUGAUGAGGAAGACCCAGCCUUUCAGAUGAAAUUUGAAAAGCAAGUUUCACCAGAGCGUCAGAUGUAUGGAGUAGACAUCACAACUCAUGUGGACCACCUCUUUCAAGCUCAGUUACAAAUAGACAGUGAGAAAACUUUCAGUUGCAGUCUUCGGCUUCUAGAGAGUGAAGUCAUUAUUAAUGGAGAAUACAAGCUUCCUAAUGUAGGAGUUUUUGAAGGAUCAACACAAGCAAGAAUUACUUUACCUUCGGGUCAAGUCUUCUCCUCCAACUUAAGCCUUAACCAUUUCAGUGAUGACACCGUGCAAAGUGUAGGGGCUUCAUUUGGCUAUGGUAAUGAUGUCAUCAAGGGACACAUGACACUCAAGAGGCAUGAUGGUUGGUUUGAAGAUGAUGUAACAAGCUUUAAUUUAAUUUAACAACACCAUUGUCUCAGCUGCAUGAUAUGGGAAUCACUUUUGAAAUACCAAGUGACACCUCAUCAGUUACCUUUGUUGAAAUUAAUGUGGAUGAGAUAAAAAUUCGUGGUGAAGCCCAGUUAAGCAACCCAACUGACUUUGAGGUUAAGUUAUUAUAUGAGGAUGGCAAUAAUUGUGAUUCAUACAUUCACAUAUACCACAGGUGUGAUACCCAUCACUCUGAGAGUGGAGCAAGUUUAGC